AUGCUAUUGCUUACGUCAUCGCACCAUCAGAAACUGUAUGGACAAAGGUUGGAUUUGGAUAUUAAUGAGGAUGUUCCCCACUUGUGGAGUGCAGGCUGGCUUGCCAGCAGGCAGAUCCGAAGGCCAAUGGGGUUCUUCAACAGCAGUUGUCAUCAUAAAGACCUGCUAUUGAAUCAGCUUCAGCUGGUUGAGUGGGAAGAUGGAGAAAAGCAUCAUUUGAUCAAGCACACCCCAUAUACAAUCGUCAUGGUUAUACGUUCCCCUCACAGCGAUCCCAUAGUCAGCGGCUCAAGAAAGUACAAGAUUAGCAAUAAGCUCGUUCCUGCAUUGAAAGCGCUUCGCCACAAGCAGUCCUAUAACUGGAAUGAUCCCAUCAGGUGCGUCGAGACCCUGAGCUCCAUUGCCGUUGCCUCUCACAAAGCCAAUCAUUACUUCAGGAACAACAAGGACUGCUACGUCUUCCUUGAGCCCACUGUGCGGAGGUUUGCCUUCAUGGCUCAUGGCGGCGUUUGGGAACAUGAGCAACAUGUCAAGAAACUCAAUGAAAGGGCUAUUGCGAGGAUUGAAAAUUCCUUCCUUUCUUGUGGAAAACUCGGCGUAAAUAUGUUUUGGGCAGAGUUCGAGCUCAAGAAAUAA